UACAAAAUCACAACUAACCCCCCCCCCCCCCCUCUCACCCAACUGAACAUUGGCCUGAGCAUCAUCUGCUAUUUUUUAUGAAGGGUGCUCACCUGUUCAUAGCCCGUCGUUUCUUACGUCGACCGAAAGGUUUUAGUGGCUUGAUAAUUUGUUAUAUCAUCUUCCUUUCCCACCUACGGUAACCCGAACACAACGAGCGUCUUGAUCCCAUCCCAUACACAAGAACUCAACUUGAUAUAAAGCACCACCACCGCACAGCAACUUUCCAAACAUGUGCAACCCAGUGCGACCAGCCAUGAACUGCAAGACCGGUUCAUCAGAACUCGUCAACUAUGCCAAUGGUGUCUGCGCACACAAUCUUACCCACAACUGCUUCGAGAAGGCCGCCCCAAAUGACACCCUUUGCAUAAUGUGCAGAAAUCAGUGCCCUGCUUAAUCAAAGCACGCAAUUUGACCUGGUCGACACGGACCUGUCAUGAUAAAGGCUCGGCAAUAGGGAGCCAUCAUGAUACGGUCCUAGCUCACCUGUUGCACUGCCUUGUAGGCCCCAAUUGGCACACAAAGCAAUGCAAGAACGCCAAGGUAUCGAAGGAAGGAGCCAGAAAGAAGUGCUAUCAGUUUGGUGGAUCAGACUACGCAAAGUGAUAGUUUGGAGAGGGUGGGACUCGAUUUUGGAUCCAGACGCAUAUGCAAGACAUGGUCACAGUCAAGAUCCUGGGCAUGACCUGGGUUUCGACUUACAGAAGGGUAACAUUGGAAGGUGGUAUUUUUUUCUCCGGCACUGGGAAGUGACAGCACAUAAAGGUAGGAGGGUAAGGCUGAAGAAUAGUACUGCAUAAUAAAGACAAGGCCAACUGG